UUUCUAAUUCGCUUGUGUAUAACAACUAUACAAGUAAAUAAGAGAAAAUUUUUUUUAAUUAGAUAUAUUAAAAGUAAAAUAUAAUAAAAAUUGUAAAUAAUGGCUAAUCCGCCAAAAUUUCCUGGUACUGGACUUGAAGAAGUAAACAUACCAGGACAAGAAUAUUUACAGGAGGCUCUUACAUCUUGUACUGAUCCGCUCAAAGCAAUUGAAAGUUUUCAGCUUGAAAAUGGAAUAUUGUUGCCAUCAUUACGUCCAAUGUUGCCGCUGCUUGAUCUUCAUGGCGUUAGAAGACUUGAUUUUCAUAACUCUGUUUUAGAAGAAUUACGUGACAAACUGAUUGAAUACAUAAACGAAUUAGGCAAGAAAGAUACAAAAGAAAGGGAUAAGAAACUAAAAGAAUUAUUGGUAAAAAGUUUUCCGGUAGUACGUGUUAAAGCUUUAAGGCCAGUUGUAAUGUGCAUUUUGAGAAACACAACUCACAUUGACGACAAAUAUUUAAGAAUUUUAGUUAGAGAUCGGGAAUUAUAUUCUGACACAGAUACUGAAGUAAAACGACAGAUAUGGAGAGAUAAUCAGUCAUUGUUUGGAGACGAAGUUUCACCUCUUUUAUCACAAUAUAUUCGGGAAAAGGAGCAUGUUCUUUUUGAUCAUACCAACUUAAAUAAUCUUUUUUUUAAUCCAUCUCCAAAAGUAAGGCGUCAAGGGGAAGUUGUUCAAAAAUUAGCUCAUAUGAUUGGUACAAGUGUUAAGUUAUAUGAUAUGGUACUUCAAUUUUUGCGUACCCUAUUUCUUAGAACUCGAAAUGUUCAUUAUUGUACUCUUAGAGCAGAAUUAUUAAUGGCUUUGCAUGAUUUAGAAGUUCAAGAUAUUAUUUCAGUAGAUCCCUGUCACAAAUUUACUUGGUGUUUGGAUGCAUGUAUCCGUGAAAAAAAUGUGGAUAUAAAAAGGUCAAGGGAACUGCAAGGGUUCUUAGAUAAUAUAAAAAGGGGGCAAGAACAGGUUUUGGGAGAUUUAUCUAUGACAUUAUGUGAUCCAUAUGCCAUAAACUUUUUGGCAACUUCAGCUAUAAAAAUUCUUCACCAUUUAAUCAAUAACGAAGGUAUGCCAAGAGAUAAUCAAAUAUUAAUUUUAUUACUACGUAUGCUAGCACUUGGUUUGAGUGCUUGGGUCAUGAUUGAUUCACAAGAAUUUAAAGAACCUAAAUUAGAUAGUCAAGUUGUUACUAAAUUUUUACCAGCUUUAAUGUCAUUGAUGGUUGAUGAUCAAUGUAGAAGCUUACAUUCCAAGUUACCUCCAGAUGAAAGAGAAAGUGCUCUUACAACAAUCGAACAUUCAGGACCUGCUCCUGAUGCAGUCGAAGCCUAUAUUCAGGAAAGUGCUGUUGCUAGCAUUUUAGCUAUGUAUUAUACCUUACAUACUGCAAGAUUAAAAGAUAGAGUGGGAAUAUUAAGAGUUUUGGCUAUAUUGGCUUCAUGUAAAGAUGAUCGAGCGUAUGAAGAUCCCUUUUUACAUUCGUUGAUUGCCCUAUUGAUUCCUAUGAGCGAUGAAUUCAGUACUGAAGAUUUUUGUACAACUUUAUUCGAUGAAUUCUUAUUUGCUGGACUAACAAGAGAUAAUGUAACAAGACAUAUGCUUAAACUAUUAUGGUAUGUUCAUGGAAAACUACCUUCAGCACGUUUAGCCAGUUUAAUGAAAACGAUGCAACCAACCGCCCAACAUCACGAAAAUGUUCAUAAAUUAUAUGAUAGUUUACAAGAACGAAUUGGUGUUCAAACACAAGAAACGCCUGCAGCUGAACCACCAGAAACUGAUUUUGAUUCUCCAUUAAAAAGUGUACCCACCCCAGGACCUCAUUAUAUGCAGUAAAAUUUUGAAUUUUUGAAAAAAAAAACAAAAUUAGAUAUAGUUAUACAGA